GGACUGGAAUUCUUUUAUACAAAGUCACUUUUUUUUUCCCUUUUUGUGCCUUUGGCUGGGAAGUUUAAAAAAAGAAAAGAAAAGGAAUACGUUUCUUUUUGUGUUCAUCUGUGGUUUGGUUUCUCUGUGCAAAGCCACAACUGCCUGCACCGAGGACAAACCCAGGGGGCUUCCUCACCUUUCUCUGUCCUUUCCAUCCCUCCUGCAUUGGAAAUGGCAGAUGGCAGCAGUCUCAUCAUGAAACCGCAGCAUGGAGCUUUUUGUUUGGACUGAAACCAUACGGCUACUUUCAGAGCCAGCCAGCUACCUGUCAAAAUAGCGUUGGCUCAUCGUACCCUUGAAGGGCCCCUUUAGACACGUAUUCUUGCCCAAGAUGAUGAAUUCCUCCCUGGAUCCACUGAACCAGAGCUCUGCUGACCCGUCAAACUUGUCCGUUCCCUUCUGCCUGCUCGAGAUAGGCUAUUCCCAAAUUUUCAGCACCUGCCUCCUUGAAGUCUCCAUCAUACUCCUGCUCACUGUUCUCAUUAUUUCUGGAAACCUAGUGGUGAUUUUUGUGUUUCACUGUGCCCCCUUACUUAGCCAGCACACCACCAGUGCUUUCAUCCAGACUAUGGCGUACGCUGAUCUGCUGGUAGGGGUCAGCUGUCUGUUCCCCUCGCUGUCCCUCCUGCAUCACCUCCAGAGCCUUGACCCCAAACUCACCUGCCAGGUGUUCGGGUACAUGGUGUCUGUUUUAAAAUCAGUUUCAAUGGUGUCGCUGGCGUGCGUGAGUGUGGACCGCUACAUUGCCAUCACACGACCUCUGACUUAUGCGUCUCUUGUGACGCCUUGUCGGGUACGCUGCUGCAUUGUUCUAAUAUGGUUGUACUCUGCUCUGGUGUUUCUCCCAUCUUUUCUUGGGUGGGGGAAACCUGGUUACCACGGGGACGUGGUGGAGUGGUGCGCACUUAAGUGGAGGACUCGCCCAGCUUUCACCACUUUUAUUGUAGCGCUGCUCUACGCUCCAGCUGCUCUCACUGUCUGCUUCACCUAUGCCAACAUCUUCAAGAUCUGCCGACAGCACACCCGGGAGAUCAGCGAACGCCACGCACGUUAUCGACCCCAGCAGCUGCAGGGUCCAGGAUUGACAGCGGGAUCUGCGGUCAAGGACAACAGUGCAGUAGAGCAAGGGCAGUUGCCCCAUUUGUCUCAACCGCUAAAAUCCCAACCACAGUAUCAGCAGCCCACAUCAACAUACCCAGACAAGCGAUACGCCAUGGUACUGUUCCGCAUUACGAGCGUGUUUUAUAUCCUCUGGUUGCCCUACAUCCUCUACUUUCUGUUGGAGAGCGGAGGGAUCUACCACCACCCUGCAGCCUCAUUCCUCACCACAUGGCUGGCAAUCAGCAACAGCUUCUGUAACUGUCUCAUCUACAGCCUCUCCAACUCUGCCUUCAGGAAGGGCCUCAAACGCCUCUGCUCCUUCUGCUUACAGCGCAGUGGCGGUGGAUUUGGGGUUAGGAACACCAAAAAGGCUUUUGUUGGCUCUGUUGAAAAAGGAUGUGCAGGGCCGGGGUACGGAUAUGGUCACGGGGACAUAGGAAUUGGCACAACAUGUCAUGUGUAGAGCAGACAGAAAACGCUAGAGCCAUUUGAACUUUUUAAAAAAUGCCAAUGUGAUUGCUGUAAAAUGUCUCCUCUUUUAAGCUUAAAUGUGCUUUAAAGAGAUGGAAGGAGGCGUCGAUCUGCCGGUGCUGUUUGUGUCGCAUUUGGAGGUUACACAGGCGUCCUCUCUGCACAUGCUACAGCUGGUAAAGACAAGAAAGAGAGUCAAGAGCAAAGCACUAAAGGAGAAAAGGCCUAAACAGCAUACUGUACUGUAUGGACAGAGGUGAUAGAUGAAAGGAGUUGGAAAAGAGGAGAAAAAGGUGUCUGAAAAUCUCUGCAGAAGUGAACAUUUUAUAUUUUAGGGGAAGUCAAUCCUUAACUUAUUUUGCCAAAACAACAAAACGUUGCUAGAAAAGUGUUCCAAAACACUGUAUGUGAAACAAUGUGACCUUUUGUGACCACAUUAUCAGUCAAGUGCAAAUACAUUAACAGUUAAUGGCUGUGUUUUAGUAAUGUGGUGCUGAGUUGAAAUGCCAAAAGCAAGCUCUUGAAAUAUGUUUUUACUCACUCUCACCCCUUUAGUAUCUGAACAGUAUCUGAAAAGUGAUGCAACGGUGUGUUUGUGUAUUUGUUGCGUCUCUCGUUGACUGAUUGAUUAAGCAGAGUCAAAAAGUAAUAGAAAGAAUUCAUGUAGAUCUACACUCCAUACAUGUCAGUUUGUUUGCAUUGACUGAAAGCAAUGUCAGCAUCAAGACAUAAACUUUGAAACUGCAGAUUUAUAUUAUAUUUUGAAUCACCGAUGAUGCAUCUUAAACUCAUCUAAUGUGGGUUCACACAUUGAGCCUGCCGUUUGUAAUAUGUGAUAUGAGACGCUUCUGAGCUUGGGUAUGCGACCAUUAACCCGACAAAAUUAUUUUCACUGAAUUUCUCUUUCAAUU